AUGGCGGCGAGAUUCCUCAACCGCGUGGCCGGCCUCGGCGCGACCGUCGGCAUCGGCGGCUUCUGCCUCCAGGAGUGCAUCUACGACGUGGACGGUGGCCACCGCGCUGUCAUCUUCGACCGUAAGGACGGUAUCCUGGACAAGUCCGUGGGCGAGGGCACGCACUUCAAGAUCCCGUUCUUCCAGUACCCGACGAUCCUGGACGUGCGCUCCAACUACCGCCUCAUCAGCUCGCGCACUGGCACCAAGGACCUGCAGAACGUCAACAUCUCGCUGCGUUGCCUGUACCGGCCAAAUGCCGACAAGCUCUCGCACAUCUACGCCGAGUACGGCGCCGACUACGCCGACCGUAUCCUGCCGUCCGUGGGUAACGAGGUGCUCAAGUCCAUCGUGGCCCAGUACGACGCCGUGGAGCUGCUGGCUCGCCGUGACCAGGUUUCGCAGCAGAUCGCCAAGGAGAUGAACGACCGCUGCCGCAACUUCUACCUGCUGCUGGACGACGUGUCGCUCACGCACCUCGAGUACGGCCCGGAGUUCACGCGCGCCGUCGAGCAGAAGCAGGUGGCCCAGCAGGACGCCGAGCGCCAGAAGUUCGUGGUCAUGCGCUCCGAGCAGGAGCGUAAGGCGGCGGUCAUCAAGGCCGAGGGUGAGUCCGAGGCCGCCCGUCUGGUGUCCGACGCCGUCGCCAAGAGCGGCUCGGGCUUCAUCGAGGUGCAGCGUAUCGACGCCGCCCGCGAGAUCGCCGAGACGCUGGCCAAGUCGCGCAACGUCACGUACCUGCCCAACCAGGAGGGCGGCAACGGCGGCGUGCUGCUGGGCCUGCAGUAAGCGUAGCAGCGUCUCCCGACUCGCGCUUCGCUUUUGGAUGGAUCUUUGAUUCCAGGCUAGUUGGCAGGGUUUGCGUCCGACGUGUUGCUGCCGGGCGUCCGUAGGGUAUUGGGGCUAGAAAGUAGGAGAACGGGGCCGGUAAAGAAAGCAAUACAGCGAAUGCAAACA